AUGCACCUCCGGCGGCUGCUACAGGCCGCGGCCACAGCUACAUGCUUGGCAGGUGUUGCAGUUGAAGCUGUCGAUGUUAACCCACUACCCGCUCCAGCUGAUAUCACCUGGGGGACUUCCGGGCCCAUCCAUAUCAGUGAAAGACUUGAGUUUAGAGGACCCAACAACUAUCUUCUCAGGGCCGCCUGGAGGCGCGCAUCCGACGCAAUCAGAACUAUCAGAUGGACUCCUGCCGUGGUCGAAAAACCAAUUCCAACAUUUGAGCCGUUCCCGGGCAGUUCAAAGGCACAGCGCGACAGCGUUUGGCCACCACAGCGCUCCCUGGUCAGAAUGGUCAAUGUUAAAGUCAAAAACGAGCGGGCCGAAUUACAGCAUGGCGUUGAUGAAUCCUACACUCUGGACAUCAAAGAACGAUCUCAUUCUAUUGAUAUCACUGCCAACACCAUCUGGGGAGCUAUGCAUGCCUUUACUACACUCCAGCAGAUCAUCAUUGCCGAGGGCUACUGGCGACUGAUCGUCGAACAGCCAGUCUCCAUCAAGGACCAGCCACUUCCUGGGCCUGUCAAGAUUAACCGCUAUCCCCAAAUGACGAAGGGCGCCUACUCCCCCCGUGAAGUAUACACGCCAGAAGAUAUCCGCCACAUUGUCCAAUACGCCAGGGAACGUGGAAUCCGUGUCGUCCCGGAAACUGAUAUGCCAGGCCACUCUGCAAAGGGUUGGGAGCAAGUCGAUCCUAAGAUGAUCGCUUGCGCCAAUUCUUGGUGGUCUAAUGAUGUUUGGGCGCUUCACACUGCAGUCGAACCAAACCCAGGUCAACUCGAUAUCAUCUACGACGGAACUUACAAGGUCGUGGAAAAUGUCUACAAGGAGCUCAGUACUCAAUUCCCAGAUAAUUUCUUCCACACCGGUGGCGACGAGGUGCAUCCUAACUGCUUCAAUUUCAGCAGCAUUAUCCGGGAUUGGUUCGCUGAGGACUCUAAGCGUGACUUCAACGACCUACUUCAGAUAUGGGUCGACAAAGCUUAUCCGAUUUUCAAAGACCGCCCCUCCCGUCGCCUCAUCAUGUGGGAAGAUGUCCUUCUCGGCGGAAUGCAUGCGCACACUGUCCCCAAGGACGUGAUCAUGCAAUCAUGGAACCUGGGUCCAGAAAACAUCAAGAAACUCACUUCUCAAGGCUACGACGUCAUUGUCUCUUCUGCCGACUUCCUCUACCUUGACUGUGGUUUCGGAGGCUGGGUCGGCAAUGAUCCCAGAUAUAAUGUCAUGUUCAACCCAGACCCAGCACACCAAACUUCAACUACCUUGGACCUGGGCGGCUCGUGGUGCGCCCCGUACAAGACCUGGCAACGGCUAGAGAUUGAGGAGGGAAAGAGAGAAGUGGGCUAG